UGAAAUCUAUUCCAGCAACAACAGUCACUCGAAACCUGACCUAGCAGCACAAAACAAGAAGACCUGCUGGAGAACUGAGCUUGAUUGGACACCAUGGCGUCAACCUUCUCUGUGCGCAGCCACUCUGUACGCCAGCCUUCCUUUUCCAGCAUGUCUGUGAGGGACAGUGGACGCAGCAUGCGCUCCAAGGCUCCUGUCUCUGCUCUGUCCAUGGUCAGCACCUUCCCUCUGUCUCGUUCUGUCUCAGUGGGCAACGGCCUCAACAUGCUGAGCUCCAACUUCUCCUUGAAUGGCCUCGGUGUUGGUGCCAGUGAGAAAGAGACCAUGCAGGGCCUGAAUGACCGGCUGGCCAUCUACUUGGACAAGGUGCGCUUGCUGGAGAGGUCCAACACUGAACUGGAGGUGAAGAUCAAGCAGCUGAUGAUAGAGAGGGCUCCAAAAGGACAUGACAUUGAGGGGAUGAUGGCCCAGGCACAUGCCAUUGGGCAGGAGGUGAGAAAGAAAACACUGGAAAAUGCCCGAAUCAUGCUGGAGAUCGAUAACGCCAGGCUGGCAGCCGAUGACUUCAAGGUCAAAUGGGAGGCAGAGGCCACCUUGUGCCAGUCAGUGGAGAGGGACUGUCAGGCACUGAAGAGAGCGAAGUCUGACCACGACCAGAUCAUCGCCACUCUGCGAGGAGACCUGGACAGCCUGAAGGAGGAGCUCUAUUUCCUCAAGAAGAAUCAUGACGAGGAGAUGAACUCCCUCAAAUCACGUCUGGCCAACGAGCAGGUGAAUGUGGAGGUGGAUGCAGCUCAGGGUCCUGAUCUAGGGGCCAUAAUAGCUGAGCUGAGGGUCCAGUAUGAGGGUAUCGCUCGCAAGAACAAGGAGGAGGCCGAUGCCUGGUACCUCAAGAAGUUAGAAGCAGUGCAGUCAGAAGUCAAAGAAAGCAAUGAGGCUUUGCACUGUGCCCAAGCUGAGCUCAGUGAGAGACGACGUUUCCUACAGGCUCUGGAGGUUGAGCUCGACAGUCUUCGCAAACAGGUUAGUGUAUUGGAAGGAAACCUGGGUGAAACAGGGCACAAGUACUCUGUGGAGAUGGACCGUCUUCAGACCACGCUGACCCACCUGGAGGAUGAACUGUCUCAGUUACGUUUGGACAUGCAACGCAACAAGACUGACUAUGAACAGCUGCUGCGCAUCAAACAGAACCUGGAGAUGGAGAUAGCCACGUACAGGAGGCUGCUGGAAGGAGAGGAAAUGGUGAAAGAAACACCUCCACCUCCUAAAAAAGAACCUGAAGUAAGGACCAGGAAGAUUGUAAAAGUUGUUACCCAGACCAUGAUCAAUGGAAAGGUUGUAGAUGAGUCCAGUGAGGUGGAACAGAUUGAGGAGCGCAAGAAAUAAGCCAAAGUGUGUGCAGAGAUGGAGGAGUAAUGAUGCUUAGAGCCAAAGUGCCCGCUGGUGAAAUUUUUGUUUGGUGAAACGUUUGUUUUACAUCUUUCUUAACUGGUGUUUUAAUGCCUCAGACUUGCCAAAAAAUACUCAAAUGCAAUGGAAGACUAAACUAAAGCUCAGUCUAAAAUUUAUUUGUCCUUUCUAGCAACAUGAUAUAUUUCUGUAUGUAUUAUAUGCAUACUAGUCAUGGAAAGUGAA